AUGGCGAGUCCCUCUGGCUCCAUCUCCUCUGUUGGCACCAAUCCAUUCGCCACGGCCGCCGAACCUGCUCCUCCCCCAGCCUCCACGCUUGUUCUAAUCCAUAUCCACAGCCACGUCCCUGUCAUCCUUGCCACCGACGACGGCAAUUUCCGUCAGUGGCGCUCCUUCUUCGAGCUUACCUUCAAGAAGUUCGGUCUGAUGAAUCACAUCGAUGGCACGGUUGAUGCCGCUGCCAUGGUUGAUGAUCCAGAGUGGCUGCAGAUUGAUUCUUGCAUCGUGUCGUGGCUCUAUUCCACGGUGUCCAAGGAAAUCUGGAAUGAUGUCUUCAAACCGCGCAGCAAUGCCUAUGCCGCGUGGUCUGCCAUCACUGGACAGUUCCUGGACAACAGCCUUCAACGUGCUGUCUACGCCCAGCAAGAGUUCCAUAGUCUCUUCCAGGGCGACAUGUCCAUCGGCGAGUACUGCGGCCGCCUCAAGCGCCUCGCCGACACUCUCUACGACUGCGGCGCCGCCGUCUCCGACCCGGCUCUCGUCAUCAACACUCUGCGCGGCCUGAACAACAAGUUCAGUCAAGCAAUUGCCGUGCUCUCCACCAUGACGCCGCCACCGACGUUCCUCUACACCAAGUCCUACUUGCUGCAGGAGGAGAACCGCAUCAAGCACUCGCUCCAGAUGGAGGCCCAGACGACCCUCCUCGCUGCUCGGGACACCAGCUCGUCCGCCGUCCACAAGUUUGCACCGGCUCCUCCACCGCCCUCGCCUGCGUCCAGCGUGCCUCUUGGUGGUGGUGAUCACCGGAAGAAGCGCAAGGCGGACAACCGCAACCGCCAGAUCGCGUCUACUGGACCUGCGUCCAACCCCGGCCACAACGCGCCCCACCCACCGUAG